AGCCAGCCUAACUCUUAGUGGUAAUCGAGCAGCAACUAACGAUCUUUAACCUCUUGUUCGAGGCACCCCUGUUGGUUACUGUCGCUCGCGGAUCAGCCGUAUCUUUCUCGUCUUCUUUCUUUCUUGCUUUUUCCUCUUUUCCUCUUUUUCUCUCUUCCUUGCUUUUGUGCUAGACAUAUUGUCUUCUUGUCUUUCCCCCUCCCCUUUCCCCCCUCCUUCUUCACCUUCCGACUCGUACACCUUGUCCCUCCUCCCUUGCUUUCCCUAUCUACAUCAGUCACGCACUGUGACUCCAUACUCCAUCAUAAAAUGUCCGCUACGGGAGGAACCUUCAGAGGGACAACUGCCAACCGAACUGUUGGAAGAGGUAGAUUGCCUGACUUCGAUAACCCAGCGGCAUCGCACAUUCCCCGACCUCGGCCUGAGACGUCCUCCACCACGCACACUCCGUCGAGCGACAUUGGGGGUUCCACCAUGAGUGCUGCAAGCAGUAGACAGAGACAGAACCAGUCGAAGCGCGAUGAGGCAAUUCGACGGAAGAUGGAGUCGGACCUCAGCAAGAAGAGGCAGAACCCGGCCAGAGCCAGUCGCUCCCGCAAGGCUCCCCCGGGAACUGUCCUGGCCCUGAAGCCUAGCCAGGCUCUCCAAAUCAAGCCCAACACCACUAUUGCCGAGGCCGCUCAGCUGAUGGCCGCGAAGAGGGAGGACUGCGUUCUGGUGACCGACGACAAUGACCGCAUUGCCGGUAUUUUCACCGCUAAGGAUCUCGCAUUCCGCGUUGUUGGAACUGGACAGAAGGCCCAGCAGGUUACCGUCUCUGAGAUUAUGACCAAGAACCCCCUGUGUGCGAGAACGGACACCAGUGCUACCGAUGCGCUCGAUCUCAUGGUCCGAAAAGGAUUCCGACACUUGCCAGUUAUGGAUGAGAACCAAGACAUUUCGGGUGUUCUCGAUAUCACAAAGUGCUUCUACGACGCGAUGGAGAAGCUGGAACGCGCCUACAGCUCUUCCCGGAAGCUGUAUGACGCAUUGGAAGGUGUUCAGACCGAGCUUGGAUCCAGUCAGCCCCAGCAAAUCAUCCAGUAUGUCGAGGCCUUGCGUUCGAAGAUGUCUGGCCCAACUCUCGAGACCGUUUUGGACGGCAUGCCCCCGACCACCGUCUCUGUCCGAACCACUGUGAAGGAGGCGGCCGCUCAGAUGAAGGAACACCAUACCACCGCUUUGCUUGUGCAGGACCAGGGUUCGAUCACCGGUAUCUUCACUAGCAAGGAUAUCGUUUUGCGUGUCAUUGCUCCUGGAAUGGACCCCGCUACUUGCAGCGUCGUCCGUGUCAUGACUCCCCACCCCGACUUUGCUCCGACAGAUAUGAGUAUCCAGGCUGCGCUCCGUAAGAUGCAUGACGGCCACUACCUCAAUUUGCCGGUGAUGAACGAGGGCGGCGAGAUUGUCGGCAUGGUUGACGUUCUGAAGCUCACAUACGCUACAUUGGAACAGAUCAACUCGAUGUCGACGCAUGACGACGAGGGCCCUGCAUGGAACAAGUUCUGGCUCUCCAUGGAUAACGAGUCGGACUCGAUGGUUUCCGGCAGCCACCAGGCCCCUACUACUCCCCAUCGCUCGGUCCUCAGUCCUGACCAGAGCAGACACUACGAGGGCCGAGACAGUGUGCUUCCUAAUGAGUCCGCAUCGCACCACGGCGGCGACGAACACUCGGAAUUCAUCGAGCACCACCACGAGGAGGACCACCCGUUCCCCUUCAAGUUCAAGGCCCCCAGCGGCCGCGUGCACCGUGUGAACAUUCUCCCAUCUGCUGGUAUCGCUGAGCUGGUCACACAGGUGACAGCGAAGCUGGGCCCCGAGCUAGAAGCCGUUGGAGGUGAAGCCGUCUGCGAGGACGGCAGACUCAGCAACACCGGCUACGCUCUGAGCUACCUGGACAACGAAGGUGAUACCGUUUCGAUCACCACCGACCAGGAUCUCUCCGAUGCCGUGACCCUCGCACGGCUAUCUCGCCAUGACAAGGUCGACCUGUUUGUGCAUGACCCCGUGCACCCCCCAAUUCCCGCCGCUGCCGAGCCCCAGCCCGUUCCCGUCGUCCACGCUCCCACUCCUGUCGAGGAGAAGAGCCCUUCCCCUGUCACGGAAGAAGUGGAAGAGCCCCCCGUCGUCAAGACCCGAUCGCAGAGUUUCCCCUCGCACCCACCGGAGGACCAGGUAAUCUCUGGCGUGCCUAAUGACCUACUGCUUCCAGGUGCCAUCGUGACCUUGGCUGCUGUCAUUGUCGGUGUGUUCGUUCUGAGCCGGCCCGCUGGACGGUAAUCGAAGGUCCCUUGGUUGAUGUAGGCUGUUCGAAUCCCACAGAGAUAGGACCCGUGUUUUGUUUAUGUGAACUACCCCCUUUCCGCUUUUGUCGUAUUUAUAACCCCCAAGAGCGUCGUUAUUUUCGUUUUUUUCUUUUUCUUAUCAAAUCUCUUUUCUAAUCUUGCUACUACACAUGUCCGGAUACCGCUGCUGUUGGUUAUAUUGAGAUCGUAGUUUAGCCUCAAUGCACAUAUUUUCUUUCUGGAAAAUAAAAAGCAAUUAAAAGCGGUUACAAAUAACGUGUUAUACCAGAAAAAAUAUAUCAUAUAACAUAGGAAGUGAACGGCGAUCUAUCAAGUUGGGAUUGUUUAUCUU